UGAAAUUGAAUCGCGAUCCUGUACUUUACAAUGUCAAAAUCUAAGGUGUUCUUCGACAUUGCGAUCGGUGGGUCCCCCGCGGGACGGAUCGUGAUGGAGCUCUACGCCGACGUGACGCCGCGAACGGCGGAGAACUUCCGAGCCCUUUGCACCGGAGAGAAGGGAACCGGACGGAGCGGGAAGCCGCUGCACUACAAGGGCUCGACUUUCCACCGAAUCAUCCCCGGGUUCAUGUGCCAAGGCGGAGAUUUCACGGCCGGGAACGGCACCGGCGGCGAGUCGAUCUACGGCUCAAAGUUCCCGGACGAGAACUUCAUAAAGAAGCACACUGGGCCGGGGGUUCUGUCCAUGGCCAACGCUGGGCCCGGGACCAAUGGGUCCCAGUUCUUCAUAUGUACGGGCGAGACGCCGUGGCUGGACGGCAAGCACGUGGUGUUCGGCAAAGUUGUGGAGGGGAUGGAUGUGGUGAGGGCCAUGGAAAAGGUUGGAUCUUCCACUGGGAGGACAUCUAGAACCGUUGAGAUCUCUAACUCUGGUCAAAUUUCUUGAAGAAUCAUGUAUAGUAUCAGUAGUACUUCCUAAGCUCUGCUGUAUAUGA